UGUGUAGGCAGCAGCAGCAGCAGCAGCAUACCUACCUAGGUAGGUAUAACAACGAUUUUUUUCCAAAACUAUUCUUUCUCUUCUUUCUUUCUUUCACACUAUUCAUCUUUUCGGGAGAGAAUGUUCCUUUCUUUCAACCAGCUACGUACGGACUUGUCUCCUCGUCUUUAGCUCUCCUGCCAGGUCUUUUGAUAGCCGUCUUAUGACACUUCUGAGUCUCGUUCAAGCUCUCUUCUGGCCUUUCUCCAGUCCUUUUCUGCAUCGUUUCUCGCGAAAAUGUCAGCCGCUGAGGAGCUCGAGGAUCCAGAACGCGCGGCGUUAAUCGAAGCUAUCAGUCGAGCCACGUCAGAGACGCCGAUGGUUGAUAGCGCCACCUGGGCUUGUCUGUGGUUGUCAGAUAUAGAGAAUCUUCGAGGCCUCGUUAGUUUUGCCAAGGAGAGGCCAAAAAUUGUUUUUCGGGUGCUCGAAUCAAAUGACAUUGAUUAUCUCAGAGCGUGGACUGCUUCUCGCAUUCUUUCUAUCCCCGCUACGACUCCCACAACGCCCACGACUCCUAGCAAACGCUCUGCCAUAGGGAGUCCGACAAUGCUGCCUCAGCCCGUUGAAUCCUCGUGGAUAGCAAAUAAACGCUCCGACACUGCUGAGAAUGCCUGUGCCGAGAGAGACAGCGGUUCUUGCAUAAUCGAAAAGGUCCAAGACCCUGUGGAUAAAUGCCAUAUCUUUCCCUCUGCGCUCGGCAAGGAACCGGACAAUACCAUGCAGAGGAGGCUCUGGGCUAUGCUUGAAAUGUACUGGAGCCCUGCCAAGAUUGAAGCAUGGCAAAGGCAGGUCACUGGUCCAGCACUCACCGAACAUUGUGCAAACUUGAUAUGCCUGACCCCAUCGGCUCGCCGUUUAUGGGAAAAGGCAAGGUUUGCUCUGAAGCCCUUUGAGCCCUCGGAGGAUAAGAAAAAGAUGCAAGUGCAAUUUUUCUGGAUGCCGACACAUCAAUAUUCCAAGUUUGUUCGGUGGACCAUGCCUCCGUCUAUCCCCUCUGACCUAAAGUGCGGUAACCUUGGUGCUAAACUGUGGAAUGGGAACCAGGACAAGCGUAUGGUCUCGGGAGAUAUGAUCACGAUUACUACUGAGAACCCAGAUACCAAUCCAUUACCAUCUUUCGAACUCCUUCAAAUGCAAUGGAUAUUGCACAGACUGGUCGCCAUUAGUGGGGCCGCGGACGUAAUGGAUGAGGAACUUGAGGAUGAGGACGAAGCAUCCUUCGGGGAUCUAUAUCAUCUUUGGGAACAAGCAGGAUCGCCUCCCUUUGCGUCCAGCGUAUCUCCGGCCUGUGGCGGUGGACGAUUGAUACCCUUGAAGACAAUGUAUAUGUAGCUCCUAUGCUAUCUUCGAGUGAAUAUCUACCGAGACAUCAUAGGGAACAAAUCCAGCCUCGGGUCAAGAUAUGGGAGGCAGAGAGAGCCUAUGGCCAACGGAGAUAUCAUAGGCGAAAGUAGCAGCUAGUGACAACCAAUGGGAGAAACCGCAGUAUCUCAGUGGUUUUCGUUU